UAUAUGUAGUUAUCAUGAUCGUCGUCGUAGAUAACUCCGGUUGAAAAGUUAAUUUUAAUUAUUUAAAAUUAUUUUUUCACGUUAUUUUCAAUAUGAUUUUUCAAAAUUACGAUCGUAUACGAUGUCGAGAGAACGGACAAUAACGUGAUGCAUUCGGAAAUUAAAUUAAAUUUUUUAGUAACUUUAAUUAUGAAAACUUUGGAAUUAAAGAUAUGAUAAACAAUGACAUCAAAACCAAAGACAGCAACUCGUUUAGAGUCCGACAUCGAAAAAAAUCGCGAGGAGUCAAAUUGGAGAAAAGUAAUUGAAUUAGCCGAACAACUAUCCCAAAGGAAUACUGGCUUUGAUACAUUAGUGAGCUUCUUAAUAGGUGAAAGUAAAUUAGAACAGUAUUUAGAAGAAUAUGUACCUGUGGAACAAAAUGUUGCUAAAGCUAAAACAGGAUUAACAGAAGCAAAAAGAUAUUUAGUAUCAUGUUUGAGUGAACAAGGUGCAAAGCUUGGAUUGGUCACGGACACUUAUCUACUGCUGUCGAAACUUUUAUUUGCCCAGGGAUAUUAUGAUGAAGCAUUAAAUCAUUUGGCUAAGAGUGGACUAGAUAAGCUUGCAGAAAGACAAUUUUCUAAUCGUAUAAUGAAAAUUGUUGCAGAGUCAUUUGCAAUUAAAGGAUUAUGUUUAGAAAAAGUUCCAUUACCUUCAACAAGCAAAUAUAAAGCUGCAGAAAGAGAGGAUCAAGUAAUUAAAUGUUUUGUGACAGCAAGCGACCUUACUCUUCGUUAUUUACAAGAGGUAGAAAGAACACAAGGUUUGAGUGGAGGCACUUUACCUCAGUUAACAUCUGGAGUAUCUUCUUUGAAUAUUCCUGGAUCGGGUUCUCCAUUGCCACCAAAUACUGAAUAUCGUAUUGGACCAAUAUUGGAAACAGCAUUACAGAGGGCUCCUAUUCUUUACAUUAAGAAUGGAAAACUUCCAGCUGCAAUUGAGCAAUACAGGAAAGUGUUAAAUGCCGUUGAAACAAGUUCUACUCAGUCACUUAGACAGACAAUGUCCAGACAAUUAGCAGAAGUAUUAUUAAGGGGAGUAAGCGAGCAAGAUUAUUCAAAUUAUUUAUUCAAUCGCAAUGGAAAAAGUUCAGAUGGUCCAUGGAAACCUCGUAAAUAUAGUGGGCAAAGUUUAUUUUGUCCAAAAGAUGAAAAUGAAGAAAUUUUACUUUUGUUGUUUAUCAGUGAGGCAAUGGUAAGUAUUAACAACAAAAUAUUACUUUUCAGAAUUAUUAAUACAUAUAAAUAUCACAAUACAAAUACAAUAUACAGUAUUAAUACAGUACUACUAAUUAAAAAAUUGUAUUUUAAUGUAUUAAUUAAUACAUCUUUUGAACGAGCGAUGAAGUUUGCUUUUGAAGAAUUUCAUAUAUGGUUCCAAUUUGCUCUUUCUUUAACUUCUGCAGGGAAGCACAAUCGUGCAUAUUUGGUGCUUCAAGAAUGUAUAAGACUUCAACCUAAUAAUCCAUUACCUUGUCUUAUUGCUGCAAGAAUUUGUUAUGAAAAUCUGAAUCAAGUUGAUAAUGGAUUGAAAAUGUCUGAAAAAGCCUUGGAAAGAGAAUUGUCUCAAUCACAAGGACUUCUGUCUCGUUGUCAUUUGUUUGUAGGGGUUGGUUUAGAGUUGAUGUCAGAACAAGUUAGACCUCAAACUCAUCGCCAGCAGUUAAGAAGUAAAGCCUUUGAUGCCUUUCUGAAAGCACAAGCAGCUGAUCCUAAUGACCAUUUGCCUGAAUUUUAUCUUGCUCUUCAUUAUGCUCAUGCCAGACAAUUACCUGAAGCUAUAUUACAUGCAAAAUCUGCACUUUAUUUGCGUGGAGAGCAUGUCCAUUCUCUACAUCUGUUAGUUUUAUUAUUGUCUGCACAGAAACAAUAUUGGGAAGCAUUACAGUUGGUUGAGGCAGCACUCGAAGAAUAUCCUGAUAAUUUUAAUCUUAUGUACACAAAAGCCCAUUUAGAACUGCAUUGUGUUGGUGGGGAAGUUGCUCUUCUUACCAGUAAACAAAUGCUUCAACAGUGGAAAACUUUAUAUGAAAAGAAACUUAAAAGUGAUAUGAAUGAUGGUGGUUUGCAAAGAGUCACAAGUGAGAAUAAAAGUGUAUUCCAGUUGCAUUCUUCAGAACUGUCUGAUGGUGAUUCGGGAAAUUCUGUGAUAGUAGCUACUAGAAUUGAACAAGCUCUGUCAGAAGUUGCAUCUUCAGUUGGUGGUUUUCAACCCAAACCUGGUCCACAAACAGUUUGGUUACUACAGUUACACAUCUGGCUGCUGAUAGCUGAGCUUUAUUUACAUUUGGGUCAGGUAUCAGAAGCAGAAGCGUGCAUUCAUGAAGCUUCCAGCAUAUUUCCACUGUGUCAUCAAUUAAUGGUUAUGAAAGGCAUGAUCCAUAAAUAUAAAAGAGAAUAUCAUGAAGCUAAAACAUGUUUUCAAAAUGCAGUUGCUAUUAACCCACUUCAUGUGAAAGCUCUUCAACAUUUAGGACUUGUAUAUCACAAUUUGGGUAGUAAUCACUUGGCAGAAAAGACUUUGAGAGAUGCAGUAACAAUUGAUCCCAUGUCCCAUCAAUCAUGGUUCAAUAUGGGCAAGGUGCUACAGGAUAUGGGUGAUUAUGAAUCUGCAAGCGAAUGUCUGGCAACUGCCAUAGAACUGGAAGCGACCAGUCCCAUUCUUCCAUUAUUUUACAUUCCUCAUUGUCUCGAAUGACAGGAUUUGUUAAAGGAUACAUUUAAUAAUCCAUAGUUACCGAACAUAGAUCUAUAUUUUUUGAUGCCGUGUUCAAUUUUUGCCUAAAUGUUAUGUAUUAAAGUAUCUCUACAGAAGAUUCUUUCAAUAAGUCGUAUCGAUACGAAGUAUAGAUUAACGGAUUAAACUUGAUAUUUGUAUUAAAUAAAUGCAGACAACCAUUUAAUGAUAAAAUAUUCAAAAAUUCCAAUAGAAGGUAAAAUUUUUUCGAUACUUUUCAGACCAUUUCCAGGUAUUUAAUAUACAACAUGUAAUCGUCGAAGUCUUCAAACGAGUCCAUUCCAGUACAAAUUCGAUCUCUGAUCUAAGAUAUUGCCAAAAUCGAACCGAAGAAGGUAGGAGCUUUCCAAGUCGAUAACGGGUACGAAAUCAACUCAUUUAACGGAUA